AAGACGGAGACAACUGCACAUGCGGGUAUCACGUCCUCUCAAAGUGGCGACCCCAGCGUACGCAGCGCAACCCGUGGCCGUUUAAUCGUGCGACCGAUUUCGGGACGUUAUCACGAGCGGAGUUCGGUGCCCUUGUUCUAUUAUCCUUGUAAUCAUGAUCAUACGGUAUAUCAGACUCUUCUACAAGCCCGAGAUGUCGUGUUCCCGUGUUGUUACUCCGUGUACCAGCUGCUGCAGCCAUUCAUCCCGAUUCCCGGUGUGCGUUGAUAACAGUGUUGGCGUGUACGUGCGUGCGCACCGUGACCGAAUGAUGCCGAUCGACGGCUGACGGCCGCGCAGUGCUUACCUUAGAUCAUAAUAUACCAUAUAGUAUGUAUACACAAUGUACCGUGUUGUUGAUAAGGGCAUCAUUAACCAUUCGAGAGGACGACGUUGGAAAAUACAUUUCUUAUGGAAAACCUCCUGAACCGCCUCUGACCGGGCCACCGUUUCGUCGUCGUGCUUUUCUCACCCGCCCACACCACGGCUGUGAGUUUGACGUCCCUUGCGCAUCAGGACUGCCGCAGGCCACACAGUCCGUCGUUUGGGAUCUGUUUGUCCGUCCGUCCACAGCCUCAUAUUAUGCGGCUCAUCUGUGAAAGAAAUGCUGGUUUAUGACUGGCCGUCGUGUGAACUAGGUUUUGCUCGUCUUGCAAAUAGCUGAAACCAUGAUCGGUCCCAGCAACUAUACGUUACCGCUGAACGAAGCGCAGGGUAACGAUGUGCAGUUACAAACAGACGUCGAAAUGAAAGUCAUAAGUGAAUAUACGGAAGUGAUAAGCGAUUCUGAUGCAGAUAAAAUUAUUGAAUAUGAAAUUAUAACUGUUGAAGAGUUAGAAGACAAACCAUUUACAAAUUUAGAAAAUUGUGUAUCAAAUGAUGCAUUUAAUGAUAAUCAAGAUUCCAAUUCAAGAUGCAAAAUGUCUAUAGUAGAGCUAUCACCAUCAAGUUAUAAUGAUCAAAUAUUAUCUGGUACAUUAAAUGAUAAUCAAGAUUCUAUUUCAAGAUGUAAAAUGUCUAUAGAAAAGUUAUCACCUUCAAGUAAUACAAAUCAUGUGUUCAAAGUAGAAAGCGAAAAUUCUUGUUUAGAUCAUUUAGUUGAAUGUGUGAUUAAUAAUACAUAUGAAGAAAAUAAACAAUCCAAAAAAGCAGCAGUGAGUUUGGACGAUGCUUUCAGACAAUGUUUAAGGGAAAUUAAUAGUGACUUGUCUAAUGACGAUUAUAAUUUAGAUAAUACUUUAAAACAAUUAAAUAAAAGUGAUUCAUCAACAGAAACGAAUCACAAAAGAAAAAUAUUACAUUCAGAUGAAUUAAUUGCUACUGAUAAUGAUAAUAUUAGAAAUUGUAGCUGUGGAAUUCCCAAAGAUCAAUCCUAUUUUGAAAAUACUAUAAAAAAGAGAAUAGUUGAUAACAUAAUUCACAUUACAUUUCAAACUCCAAAAUCUUGUCAACAAAUUCAUCAUAAUAUUUAUUUUAAUGAAUCUGAAAUAGACUACUUUAGAAAGACUUAUGAGAGAUUUUUACAAAAAAGUAUUUGUCUUACUUUACCACCACAGAUUGAUAAAUGUAUUGAAUGUCGUGUUUAUGAUAUGAAGGAUAAUUUGACCAAACGUGAUUAUGAUAGUAUUACGUGUAGGUUUUAUGAAUUCCGCCAAUUAAGAUAUCAAAAGUCUGGAAUGUUGGCCGUUGCUGGAUAUCCAGAUCCUCAUAAAAAUGUUGAAAGUAUCGAUUUGAGUCUGUGGUUACCUAAUACCCUCUCUUCUGAUUCUAGUGAUUUUAAUAUUCAAGCAUCAACAAAAAUUUUGGGAGAUGCAGGAGGUCAAUUUUGCAUGUUUGUUAAGGAUGAAAUAGACGCAUUAAAAUUAAAUUUGCCCUAUAACGGGAAACCACGGAAAAUACUAUGGAAAAAAAGUGUUAAUGGAAUUAGAGAAAUGUGUGAUGUUUGUAGAACGACAAUAUUCAAUCAUCACUGGUGUUGCCGUAAAUGUGGGUUUGUAGUUUGUAUCGAUUGCUUUAAGACCAAACUCGAUGAUACUCGACUGUCUGAAAAACAAUCCAUUGUACAAAGAAAUUUUAACAAAAAAAUUUGGCUACGUUGUUCAAAUGAGAAAGAACAUCAGAUUGAAAAACUUUUCAUAACUCAAAUAUUGGCUGGGAAUACUUUAAAAUUUAUUUCAGAGCUCUUGCAUGAUACAUGUCAUAAUCAUAAUAUACCUUUAGAUUGUAGUUGCAAUGAAACAUUGGAAAAGAUUAUUCCUCCUAAUUCUAGUGAUCCUAUUUUUGACAAUCUUCUUAAAAUCUAUGAAAAAUUUCCUAAUACAAAUGAUGAAGAAGAACACAGUUUAGAAGGAAUGAAUGGUGUAAUGAAGAGACAAUAUCUAAAGUAUUUGGAUAAGUAUUGUGAUGAUGAUUCAACUAAUGAAACUGAAGAAGUUGAAUCUGAAAGUAAAGGUAGUACUAGUAUUGCAAGUAAUAAUGCCGAAGAUACAAUUUAUACAGUUGGACAUAUCAUCAAAAGAAAAGAAUGGUUUCCACCCAAAUUAUCUUUAUUGUCGGAUGAUAAAACCCAUGCACCUCAUAUGUGGCUGUGUGAAGGACAUCUAUUACGUUUAUUAGAUCCAAAAAGUGACAUUAACUAUACCAUUUUUCAGGAACAAUGGAGGCGUGGACAACCCGUAUUAGUGAGUGAUGUUGGCAACAAAUUAAACUCUUCGCUGUGGCAUCCAGAAUCAUUUACUCGUGAUUUUGGCAACCAAAUUAAUGAUUUGAUUGACUGUACCACUAGUGAUGUAAUUUCAGACCAACCAAUGAGCAAGUUUUGGAAUGGUUUUGAAAAUGCUGAGGAGAGGUUGUGUGAUAAACAGGGCAAUGUAAUGCUACUGAAACUAAAAGACUGGCCGGCUUCGGCAGAUUUUGCAGAAACAUUACCUGAUAGAUUUCAAGAUUUGAUGAAUUGCUUACCACUGAAAGAGUAUACUCACCGUAAUGGUAAAUACAACUUGGCUUCUCAUCUUCCAGAUUGCUACAUUCGACCAGAUUUGGGCCCAAAAAUGUAUACAGCUUAUGGUAAUGCAGGUACAACUCACAAAAAAGUAGGCACCACAAACCUACAUUUGGACAUAUCAGAUGCUGUUAAUGUAAUGGUUUAUGUUGCAAUCACAAAGAACAGCAAAGACUAUGAUUACGAUUGGCACGUGAGGGAAGCAUUACAAGUCAUUGAAGAAGCUGGCUGUGAUGAUUUGACAUUGAGACGGAUUUACGUGCAUGGAGAAACUCCGGGCGCUCUGUGGCAUAUUUACCAUGCAUCAGAUGCUGACUCAAUUAGGGAUUUGUUAAUCAAAGUCUCAGUCGAACACGGAACACCCCUGGAACAAUUCAGCGAUCCGAUACACGAUCAGUCCCACUAUCUAGAUGAAUACCUUAGGGAGCGCUUGUAUAGAGAAUACGGGAUCAAAGGAUAUGCAAUCGUUCAGUAUUAUGGCGAUGCAGUAUUCAUUCCAGCAGGUGCACCUCACCAGGUGAGAAAUUUACACAAUUGUAUAAAAGUAGCAGAAGAUUUUGUAUCGCCAGAAAAUGUCCAUCAUUCAUUUCGAAUGACACAAGAGUUUCGGCAUCUAACGGACAGUCAUACUAAUCACGAGGACAAAUUACAGAUCAAAAAUAUUGUGUUUCAUGCAGUCAAAGACUCAAUUUCAGUAUUGAUGCAUACCUAACAUAAACUAUAAGUAACUUACAAUUUUUUUGUGUGUUAACAAUUUUUAAAAUGUUUUAUAGAAUAUUUACAACUUUAAAAUAUUUUUUGUAACCCACCACUUUAAAAUUUUUUUUUUGUACAUGUCAAUUAGAAAUUACCAUAUGUUGCCAUCUCAUUUUUAGUCAGUUUUUUUUUUUGAAGUUUUAAUUAUUCUAAAUAAUAUAAUAUAUCAAUUGUUUUAAAUUUUUAAGGCUGUGUACAUAAAUAUUACUAAUUGUUACAACUUAUAAUAAUGGUUUAUGAAAAAUAAAUUUAACUUCUAUUUUAUUAUUGUUCCUUAGAAAAAAAUUAAUGUAUGUGAUAAGCAAAUAUACUCACAUUUUUCAUUGACAUUAAUCGUCGCUUCAGACCAUAUUAAUUUAAAUUAAUGAAGCAAUAAUUGACUAUCCAUUUGUAAAAAUAUUUUUAAAUAAACAUUGUUAUUCUAUUAUGUAAGUAAUUAAGGUAAAUGUUUACAAUUUUGAAAAUGCUAUUUUUUAAAUGUAUUGUAUCAUUUUUUUAGAAAAAUUUAAAAUUAAAAAAAAUUUAGAAUUUUA